AUGCAGUUAACAAUAUUAAUUCUUCUAUCGCUAACGCAGUAUUCAAUGCAGAAAUCAACUCCUGAGGAUUCACAUUAUGUUGCCGCUGUAGUUGAGUAUGAAUUCAGUUGGGAUGUCCAGAGAAAUGUACAUAAUUAUAUUGAACUCAUUAAGGAUGCUUCUGCGCAGAAUGCAGAUGUCGUAGUAUUUCCUGAACUGUCAUUGAAUCCAGGAGAAGAGUACUAUAUACCUAUACCGAUUAAGAGCCUUCUUAAGGAACAUCCAAUACCUGCAGUGCGACCAGAUCUAUAUCAUGAGAUUCUAGUUGCCAUUUCAACAGCUGCGCGAGAAAAUGAUAUCUAUGUUGUAGUCAACAUACAGGAAAUAUUAAAUUGCCCCGCACCUGAAGAGGAAUGUCCUGAGAUGAAGACAUAUAUCUUCAACGCUAAUGUCGUGUUUGAUAGACAAGGCGCUGUUAUAGAUAGAUAUCGCAAAAUGAACCUCUUCGGGGAAUACACACGGACACCAGCACUUAAACCCGAGUUGGGGGUAUUUUCCACCGACUUCGGUGUAACAUUUGGCCACUUUAUCUGCUUCGACCUAAAGUUCCAGGUGCCAGGAAUUCAAACACCACAAAAGCUAAACGUGACUGAUAUUAUUUUUCCUGCUAUGUGGGUCUCUGAAUUGCCGUACUUAACAGCUGUCCAAAUUCAAGAGGGCUAUGCGAUCGCUAUGAAUGUGAAUUUAAUUGCUGCCGGGGCCAACAAUAUUACCGAAGGAGGUGCAGGUUCCGGGAUCUAUUCGGGAAGAGCAGGUGCCUUAAUAAGCAUUAUGCCAGGCGUACCAACAACUAGACUUCUAGUCGCAAGAGUUCCCAAGGUGCCUGGACAGGUAACGGAACCGUAUUCAGGCCCAAUACCUAGCGAUCCUUCGGAGCUAGAUAACUUAUUAAUCAAUGGAGAUCCGUCCAUGGCAGGACACAACAGCCGGUUGUUGGUACCAGGAUAUCAAGAAUUUGUGUUGACAAGUGAUGAUGCGAUCUGCAGCUUUAAAAUUAAUCUGACACAAUCAGACUCCGUGCUGUAUAAAUACCGGGCGGGUGCCUUAAACGGUGUCCGUACAUAUGCUGGCAAGGCAUCCGGAGGAGUUAAAAUUUGUGGCGUGUUCGCCUGCACGGGGGACACCAUCGACACUUGUAGUAAAAGAUUCUCGAAAUACACACCAAACUCAUUGGCGACUUUUGACGAACUUUCGAUCGAUGCGUUCGUAACUACUCCGAAGCGCAACCCAGAACUCCAAGCCGACAAUAUAGUAUACUUUCCUGUUUCUCUACAGCCCACAAUUCUACCGCUGCAACCCAAAGACUACUCCCUCAAUAUCACAUCUUUAGUGGGUGUUCUAGAUCUGUAUUCGUAUAAGCUUCUAAACCACAAUGCUGAGUUAUAUUCCUUUGGUAUCUUCGGAAGAGUUUUUGAGAGAGAUGGAGAGACACCCACACAUCCUUGGGUGGAUUUUGGGCUGUAA